UUUUGCGUGGGCUCCGCUGCUGCUCGAGAAUGUUGGAGCUCCAUGACCGGAUUUUCUAUCUUUUCGAUGGGUUUUGUGCUUCUUGUUUCUGGCACUGUCAACAAACUUUCGCUUGAGAUACUUUUUCAAAUUGGCCACAACAGUCUGUUUCAAUUUCAAUCUUCAGUUGGCAUCCAACGUGCUGCUGGUUCACAUUGCCUAUCCUCGUCGACGACAACGUUGAACGUACAACGACAACGAGACGCGUUAACCGACCGACCGUUCGCUCUUCUAAAUUCUUGUCGCAGGCUAAUCUAUUUCGCAUUUUUACAACAUCGUGUGCCACAAUUUUAAUCGACCUUCAAAAAUAUAAAAAAAAAAUUUAACCCGUGAAAAGGAAUACGAAAAAGAAAUGCAUUCAAAAAAAAUUCAUUUAAAAUUCUCGAAAAAAUUGAAAAUUUUGAAAAAUUAAUUUUUAAUCCUGAAAGAAAAAAUGUUUUGUUCAAAAAUCAAAUCGAAGGUGAAAUUACAAAGUGAUUACUUGAGAAAUAAAUUUUGAAAAAAAAUAUCCCCAAUACGAAGAAAAAUUCAGUUGAAAAAUAUUGUGAUACAAAAAAGAGUCAUUAAGGUUAUUUUUGAAAAAUAAAAAAAAAUUAAAAAUAUUAUAAUAUUCAAAAAAUUAAAAAAGAAUUCCCAUAGUGAUAAUUAAUCUUAUCAAGCAAGAUGUUUUGUGAUUUUGAGAGAAAGUUAAAAAAAUAAUUUUCAAAAUAAAAAUAGAAAAAGCUGAUCAUUUUUGAGUUCGAAGCAGACCAAAAAAAAUUUUAAAAAACAACGCACAUUGGAUAUCAACUCAGAAAAACAUCAAGUCUAAGAGCGUUUCUAGAGCUCUAGAGGUGGUCGUUGAAUUGACUUGAAAACACAAACAAUUAUUUGAUUUUCAAGAAUCCUAAACCUCUGGCAAAAGAGUCCUCUGAAGGCAUCACCAAGUAAAUGAAAGAAGUCAAGCGGCUCAACCAAACAUGAACAUAUAACUCUCCACCCGCCUGAAACUAAAGCAAAGUGGUUAACAUUGAUAACCAUCCUUGAGAUUAUCAUGAAACUACAUUCAGUUCCCAGGACGACUGACGACAAUAUUCAUAAAAUGAACACCUGGAAUGCAAAUGAAUUUAUCGCCACUACCAUCAGAUAGUAAAUUCUAGAAACGGACGGACUUUCUUCUUCUGAGAGAAGACCACCUAUAUACAAAAAAUAGCAGCGGCAACCAAAACCUCCCACAUCAACCAGAAGUACAGUCACCUGAACUAGAAUCACCAGAACCAGAACCACCACCGAAUAAUAAACAUCAAUUAGAACAACUCUUAUGCACAUUGUUCCUCCGUCUAAGCUGUUCAAGAGGAUUAAGUGCAAAAUGAAGACCUACUGCUCAAUGGAGCAGCUCCUUAGUUUUUAUGUCCUAGCAAGUAGAAUAAGUCAUUGUAGGUUUUAAUUAUUAUUAUUGUAUAUUUCUUUGAUCCUGUACAACAGUUGUUUGUUGAAGAAUCUUUUUUGAAAACAAACAAAUUAUAAUAAUUCAAGAGACUAGCAAAGCAAAAUCACAUAUUAUACCUAAGGUAUAACGUGUUGCAACAAUCACUUAAACUGAUGAUUGACUUUAAUAUAACCAGCAGUUUUUACCAAAGUGCUGAGAUUCCUUUUGGUGAAGCUAGUAGGUUAACCGUAGAAUAUGUCGACUCGGUAACAGGUGGUGAGCUGUAUACGACUGCAACAUCUGCCCCCAUAUUUGCAACCAAGUACCUCAAUUUAACCUUUAGUAGUAGCUCGUAUCCGAAUUUUAAUGAUCCGAUAAAUCUCACGAACUCCAUCAAUCACUCAUUAUCUAAUAGUACCAGGGACGCUUGGUUGAUAUGCAAUGACGUUUACGAUCCGGAUUUGCCUCUGAACAGGCUUGAAUUCUGGAUUUGUGGCGUCAUACUCAACGUAGUCGGUAUCCUGGGUAUUCUGGGAAAUAUCCUGUCCAUGGUGAUUCUGUCACGUCCCCAAAUGCGUUCUAGUAUUAAUUAUCUACUCAUAGGUCUGGCGCGGUGCGAUACCGUGCUGAUUAUUACGUCUAUCCUGCUCUUCGGCAUACCCUCCAUAUAUCCCUAUACGGGUAACCUCUUCUAUUACUACUAUUACAUCUACCCGAACAUUUCGCCGGCAGUAUUCCCCAUUGCCAUGGCUAUGCAAACGGCCAGUGUGUACAUGACCUUCACCGUCACACUGGAGCGUUACGUCGCCGUCUGUCAUCCGCUCAAGGCCCGAGCGAUUUGUACAUAUGGCCGGGCGAAGAUCUACUUCAUCGGUUGUAUAGUUUUUGCGGUCUUCUAUAACCUGCCGAGGUUCUGGGAGGUAGUGGUGCUGGCUUACACGCCACCGGGCACCAACGAUGUGAUAUACUGCGUUCGACCAUCGAAGCUCCGACUCUACCCGGACUACAUAAGUAUCUAUGUGCACUGGUGCUAUCUAGUAGUGAACUAUUUUAUACCGUUCCUCAAUCUAGCCGUUCUGAAUUGCUUGAUAUAUCGGCAAAUCAAGCUAGCGAAUCGGGAGCGACAGCGUUUAAGUCGCACCGAACGACGAGAAAUCGGACUGGCAACAAUGUUGCUCUGUGUUGUGGUUGUGUUCUUCCUGCUGAACUUCCUCGCACUGUACAAUAAUAUCCAAGAGGCCUUCUAUGGCCGCAUCGAUGAUGAACUGAUAAAAAUAUCGAAUCUCUUGGUGACCAUCAAUAGCAGUGCUAAUUUCAUAAUCUAUGUGAUAUUCGGGGAGAAAUUCAAGCGGAUUUUUCUUCUUAUAUUUUUCAAACGACGUCUCAGUCGGGACCAACCCGAUCUGAUACACUACGAAAGUUCGAUAUCGAACGGAGAUGGGACGACGCGGUCUUCAGUUCGAUUCUCACGACACGGGACCCAACGCAGUAUGACGCGAAACGGUUCGACUUUAAAUAGUGUAAGAUUGACAACUGGGGCUUCGGGAACUGUCAAAAUCAAACGAAACCGCGCUCCUUCGCCGGGCCCGUGUGUAUAUUAUCCUGCGCGGGAUAUUCAACGUUGUGGCAUGGGAACGACCACAACAGUUUUGGCGUCGGAAACUUCGCUCAGCUGUGAUUGGGAUGCAAAGAACGGGCAGAUGACGUCGGCUUUCUGAAAUACGGCCUGUGUGCUUGCACACUUCAAUUCGGCGACCCUUUAGCGUCAGAAGGGAGAAUUUAAUAUAGUCUAUCCUCGUUGCUGAGAAUAGAUGAAGUCAUCUAUCUGGCGGCGGUGCGGCGGGCCAUAUCGAUAGAGACUGUGAAUUAAUUUUGUCAACAUAAAGUUCUUUAAACAUACUCCCAAAAAGCGAGGAGAAUACGGCAGCGAUAUUUAGGCUCAAAAGCGAAGAUGUGUGUCCUUAAAGAACUCCCUUAUCUCAUUGUACAUACAUUAAAAAUACCUCCCCUUUGUUGAAACAAAAUUUCUACGAACGUUUGAUGGGUGUGAUAUCACUUCGAUCCAAUCUCACUCAAUUUAGACUUAUUUUUUUCUUUUUUCUUUCUACACACAAAAAAGUCCUUGAAAAUACAAAUACACAAAAAAAUAAAGGACGAAUUGAUUGAAUGAUUACCAUCCAAAUGGAAUUUGUAUAUUUGUGAUAUACAAAUGAGAAAUAGGAUAGAUUCCAUCAAACAAGCAAAAAAUAUAAAUGAUUUAGAUAAUGUGCUCGAAGGAUGAUCCAAAGAACCAAAUUAAGGAUAAUAAAUACAAUUAUUGAUUUUAUGAAAAUGAGGAUUAAUUUGCCGCAAGAAUUUUUGUUGAAAUAACUUAUUUAAUUAUAAAUUGAAAACGUGAUUUAAGGAAUUUCUUUUGUAAUGAUUUCAGAAAUGUUAUGGAAAUAUUUGGUAGUUGAAGAAGCAAUUAUUAUGAAAAAGUGUCCUGGAAUUUUGUCAAAUCAAAACACUUUGAAUUAAACUAUUACAUCGUGUCAAUGCUUAAAGUCAUAAAAUACCUAAAGUGAUUAACAGAGAAAAUGAUUAUUACAUUUAAAAUGGUUGAAGUUUUAGAGGCUGAUUCGAUAUUGACUUUUAGAGCUGUGAAAAAAAUACUCAGAAAAAUGAAAUAUUACAUUUUUUAAUAUUCACGAAAACAUUGCAAAAGCAAAAGCUUGAAAGAACUGGGUAUAUUAAGUCAAGAACUAAACCGAUAACAAGCAAAAUCUUUGAACCUCGAUUUGAUUUAUGAAAAUAACAUUCAGUAAACGAGACAAGGAUUCAAAAGAUUCGUUGAAAUACAUUUAAAAAACUCUACGGUCUAGUAAACAUAGUCCCUAUCCCCCAUUUAUCAACGCAGAAUACCCUCAAACUUUUUAUCAACUUAACCUAUCGCCGUCUAUUUUUAGAGAAUGUUUUAAAGUUAUUACCAUCCUUAACUUAACAAAAAGCUAAAAUCCCAUAAUUCAUUACAAAACUCCACAAAACAAAA